UCCACGCGGACAGGGAAGGGAACGCAAAGACGCAAGGGGCAAUAAGCCGUGCGUAAAACCACUGGAGUGACCCUAAUAUGAACAGUGAGAAGUUUUGAGACGAGGGGUGGACGACUCUGAAGCGGAGACAUGAAAUCCAGGAGUCAGGAGCAGAGUUUGUCUGACUCACGGGAGCUGGACAGAUCCCACGACCCGCUCACAGGUGGAUGUAAUCCAGGCCUCAAACCCAACAAGAAAACAUUGAAACAACGCUUUCUCAAACUGCUGCCAUGCUAUCAUCCAAGCACCAGACCUUCACUCACACAAAGCAAUGUGGCCGACGAAGGGGAACUGUCCACAGUGUGUUACAGACCAGAAGGGCUCGACAGACUUGUUCAACAGACAAACUUCAGCAAAAAAGAGCUGCAGAUUCUCUACAGAGGCUUCAAAAAUGAGUGUCCCAGUGGAGUGGUAAAUGAGGAGACGUUUAAGAGUAUUUACUCUCAGUUCUUCCCACAGGGAGACUCUAGCACGUAUGCGCACUUCCUGUUUGAUGCCUUUGACACUCAGAACAAUGGAACCGUCAGCUUUGAGGACUUUGUCGUCAGUCUAUCCAUUAUCUUAAGAGGCUCCACUGCAGACAAACUGGGCUGGGCCUUUAAUCUGUACGACAUCAACAAGGACGGCUGUAUCACCAGAGAGGAGAUGACAGACAUCAUGAACUCGAUCUACGACAUGAUGGGAAAAUACACAUACCCCUGUAUCAAGGACAGCGACGCCAAAGAGCACGUGGACAACUUCUUUCAGAAAAUGGACAAGAACAAAGAUGGAGUAGUAACCAUUGAUGAGUUUUUGGAAACAUGCCAAAAGGACGAGAACAUAAUGCAGUCGAUGAUGAUGUUUGACAAUGUGAUCUAAGGUCUGGUGAAAAGGAGGAUUUACCAGACCAACUGUAGAUGGCGCUUGUGGGUUACAUCUGAAUGUGGGGCCUAAAAAGUUCAAUAUGGUAGAUGUAGCAGUGUACUUCACAGUCAGAGCCAUUUCAUUUUAUUUUUUCCUGAAAUAAGCAGUUUGGAGCCAUUUUUCCACUGUAGUGCAUGUAGUUUAUCAUUCAAAUAACAGCCUAUAAUAAUAAUCUUUUCA